GACAGGAAAGACUCUCCAAUCCAAUGCCGGAUCGUGAAAGCUGGAACCGAGAUUAUCUCUUCCUCCCGUGGCGGGCCGAGCAUAAGCGACAGCGUCUGGCAAGCAAGCUCCAACGUUGAAGCACAGCUCUACAGAAGCUGCAUAAACAAGCACAUCUCGAUUGAUGCUCGAAGGCAGAAGGCUGAUCGCUGGAGAUGAUCUAGAUUCAUGGAGUCCAUGACGAUGCUGGUAAUGGUCGCUCUUCUGGCGCUCCCCGCCCCCUCCUCCGCCCUCCCCAUCCCCCAUCUCCACUUAAGCUCGGCCAUUGACAAAGCACUCAAGCUGGCUCCGUCCAUUCGCUCAUCCGUCUCCGCGCUCGUUGCAUCCCCGUUUGAUUCCGCGGGAAGCUUGUGGGCGGAGGAGAUCUGCGCCUUUUGGGUCAAGUUGCGGGCGAAGGCGAUCGCGCCGGUCCUGCGAGCCGCAGUGGCUCUGUGCUUGGCCAUGUCGGUGAUGCUCAUGAUGGAAGCGGUGUUCAUGAGCGCCGUCAGCCUCGGGGCAAAGCUUCUCUGCCGCACGCCGGAGAAACGCUACCGGUGGGAGCCCAUUGCCACAAAUGAUGAGGAGAUGAGCAGCGCAGCUUUCCCCAUCGUGCUAGUCCAAAUACCCAUGUUCAAUGAGAAAGAGGUGUACAAGAUGUCAAUCGGAGCAGCUUGUGCCCUAACGUGGCCACCUGAUAGGAUCAUAAUCCAAGUUCUUGAUGACUCCACGGACCCUGAGAUUAAGAACUUGGUGGAGCUAGAAUGCAGGGCUUGGACAAACAAAGGAGUCAACGUAGCCUAUGAGGUUAGAGAAAACAGGAAGGGAUAUAAAGCUGGAGCCUUGAGAAAAGGCAUGGAACAUCCAUAUGUGGAGCAAUGUGAUUUUGUUGCCAUCUUUGACGCUGAUUUCCAACCAGAAUCAGACUUUCUCAUCAAAACAAUUCCAUUUCUCGUGUAUAAUGAAAAAAUUGCCCUGGUUCAGGCACGCUGGGAAUUCGUGAACUAUAACAAGUGCCUGAUGACCAGGAUACAGAAGAUAUCACUUGAUUACCACUUCAAAGUGGAGCAAGAGUCGGGAUCAUCUUCGCAUGCCUUCUUCGGGUUUAAUGGGACAGCUGGAGUUUGGCGAAUAUCUGCCAUCAAUGAAGCUGGGGGUUGGAAAGAUCGAACAACGGUAGAGGACAUGGACUUGGCUGUUCGAGCAAGCCUCAGAGGUUGGCAAUUUUUGUAUGUCGGCAACAUCAAGGUCAGAAGUGAGCUUCCAAGCACAUUUAAGGCCUACUGCAAUCAACAGCACCGUUGGACUUGUGGGGCUGCCAACUUAUUUAGAAAAAUGGCAUGGGAAAUCUUAAUUGCAAUGGAGGUAUCCAUUUGGAAGAAAAUUCACUUGAUCUACAGCUUCUUCUUUGUUAGAAGGGUUGUGGCCCCAAUCGUCACCUUUUCUUUCUAUUGCAUUGUGAUACCAACAACAGUCUUAGUUCCAGAAGUGAGCAUCCCCAUUUGGGGGGUGUUCUACAUUCCUACAACAAUUACCUUUCUCAAUGCCAUCAGAAAUCCCAGCUCUCUCCACAUAAUGCCAUUCUGGAUUUUGUUUGAGAAUGUAAUGUCCAUGCACCGAAUGAAAGCAGCCAUAAUUGGUCUUCUUGAGACGGCCAAUUUCAACGAGUGGGUUGUUACCGAGAAACUAGGUGAAACACUCAAUGGAAAACUUGAAAUCAGUUUCUCACAACCAACCAGAUCAUCUCUCCAAGACAAGGUGAGUUUCUCGCAGCUUGGGUUUGCAGUCUACCUCCUGUUUUGUGCAUCCUACAAUAUUGCAUUUGGAGAAAACUAUUACUAUGUAUAUAUCUACCUUCAAGCUUUUGCGUUCAUUAUUAUAGGGUUCGGCUAUGUUGGGACAUCCACCUCCAACUUCUAGCAAGCUAGAUUAUAGUCCAUUCAUUUGUAUUUGUUAAAUCGAUCCAAACCGAUUCUUUUACUUUUGCAAAAUUAGGGCUUCUACUUGUGUGUCAAUUGCUCCAGAACAGUGGGUGACAUUGUUGAUUGAAAUAUAAAUGUCUUUAAAUGAAGAUGGCAGGAUUGAUCUCC